CCGGCGGUCAACUUCAACCGCAGAAUGACAACCUCUUUGCGCAACGAGAGUCGCUCGGCCGUUGGCAGGUCUGUCGUUAGAUGCAUUGGGCGAGGCUUGGGGCUGUGGGCGCAGGGAUGGAAAUGAUCUGCCCCUCAGGACUCUCCACUGAGCCGGUGGGGAUCCAAACGGGCUCGGAGAUCCCUGCCGUGGCACUGUCUGCUGCGAAAUCUCUAUUGCAGGAGCCCGGCUUGGACCCUUCGGUGCGAAGGGAGUUUGCACCAUCUUCUGGAGGGACAGUUCCGGCCCCACGACAAGCGCCGCCGUUUGUCGUUUUGAGGUCGAAGGGCAAUCGCCGCCCACGGUUCGCGAUGGGCUGGGUAUAGUAAAGCAUACCUUAAAGGUAUAUUUCCCACUGGGUGUUGGUUGGGUGAACCUGCAUGAGGAAAUGACAUUCAAGGGAGUGACAUACGCAGUUAACCCCACCUUUGUACCAUACUUCGAUGGCCUUUCAGCAAAAUACCCAAAACGCCACCGGCGGAAUGUCGUGCGAAGACGCGCUUCAACUUCUCUUCUACAAACAGCCUAUCACCAACGGAUAUGUCCAGGACACCACCAACUACCUACCCCAACAAUCAUCCUCCGCUUUCCAAUUUCGACAGGACAAUACGAGCAUCUGUCCGCACAUGUGCGCCGAUACUACGUUUACACAAUCGGCUCCAGAACCAGAUGUCAGUUCACUAAAGAUGCCUGCCGAGUUUGCAGCCACGUUGGAGGAGAUCAAGCAGGGAGUGACCUCCCUCCACACCCGGAGCGAUCAGAUCGAAUCUCUGCAGACGCAAUGCAAUCAACUGGAAAUUCAUUUCUCGGAGUUUCAAGAUUGGGUGAAGGCUUCUAUGGACACGAUGAAGAAAUAUAUUGAGCACCAUAGACAGUGGUCUUUGAUCUUCAAGAGAACGGUGGAAAGCCAGAUCAGGGAUCGAAAUUCUAAUCACGAGGGACAGGCCAGAUCUGAGGGAUCUGCAGUCGAAUCGCAGGAUACUUGAGAAUGGCGUAGGCGUGUAUCCAAAUUUGCAUGGUAGUUUGGCAAUCGGGUACGAUUAAGGAGUUACCGUCUUAGGGCAUUUUGUACAAUCGGCAGGCCAGUAAAUUCACCAACUUCAAAGCAUUUUGAGAAUAUCGUUUGAAAAAGUACCUUAACCCUCGAUGCUAGAAACUGACGAAGCCCGAAGGUGUUCUUAAUGAAUUAUUUGCGCUUAGGCCAUGGAAAUCAUAUCGUCAUUGAACUGAGAUCUGAUCGUCUGCGGGUACAUUUGAAGCCGACACUUGAUUUCGACCCUCUGUCGUCGCUAGAUCCAUUCCUGAGGCCACUCCAUCGGUCGAUACUCUAGAGCUGACCGAGUCUCGAUAUGGAUUCCCCAAAAAGCUAGCCAAUCUGCAUUGGCCAUUUCUUCCUCUUCAUCGCAUGUCUGGAGGGCUGUCUUAAUAAGGACGGCUGCAUCAAAGGCUUCUUGCAGCAAAUUAAAGGUGACGUGCAGACUUCUCUGGUGGCAUGAAAUCUGAUAUCGUAAUGACGAAAUCUCUUUCUCCAGUCUCUCGAUCGUAAUCAAUUCCUCCCUCCUCUGGAAGUCGUCUAUUCUCUUUAGCAACGCCUCCAUGGACAGGUCGUCGUCGUCAUAAUUGGAAAUGCUGGGCGAGUCCGGCUGUUCUUUGUCCAUGUUUAUUUGUUGGGGCCAGAAGCAGAUGGUUUCAGGAAGAUGCGGUAGACUACUCUCGGUGGCGAAUGCCAUAUGAUCGAUCGGCCAAACCCAGGCAGAUAAGCUGCCGACUUUAUGUUCAACCGCUGAAGUCGGCCGGAAGGAGAGACCUGAAGAGGAUCCUGGAGCUCGAUUCGGCUCCCUAUCCGAUCUAUAUAUACCGGAGGCCGAAUUGAUCAAGUGCAUCUACAGUACCACUUGCAUCUAUCCUCGUGUCAGGACUACCAGCACUCUAGCUUUCUAUCUGCAUUCUCCUCCACCUUUUUGUUGUCGCACGAACACAGCAUCACAUUUUGCAAACCUCUCAUUUUUGGUACUUAAAAGCAACACGAUGUUGUGCGGGUGUGGUAUCGUCAUCAAGCUACCUCAAUGGUUCCGUCGAAAGGAAAGCCAGAAGAAAAAAGACGACGCCAAAAAAGGGACAGCUGGGCCUCCAACAUACAUCAGUGCGAUUGAAGCGGUUGCCUCUCACAUCGACGAGAUUGGUCCGCAAGAAGUGAUCGCCGACGGUCCCAAUUUUUUGAGAUCCCAAACUCCAUCACCCGAAUCUCUGGGACAACGCAGCGAGCAGACGAAGGAGUUUUUCAAGAGCGUUCAAGUUUGAUGCCCCACUGGGUUGGUUAGAUAGAAACGAACCGUAUUCAGAUACGUAUCUCAUCAAUGAGAAUUAACAUCGAGUUCAGUGGAUACCAAA